UGAAAAUAUUUUACAUAUGAUUCCAAAUAUAUUAUAAUUUUCCACAAUAUUAAAUCACCGAAACAGAUUAAUUUAACAAUAUACUCAAUUAAAAUUUAAUAAAACUUCAUUUAAGCAAUGAACACAUACGGUUUGUAAGCAGUUUUUUUGGAAUUAUCAAAUAAAAAGUAACUCCGUAUAGUGUUAGUAUCUGCGUCCUACUUGUUUAGAAUUUAAUUUAGUUUAGUGAAUUGCAAUUAUAUGUUUAUUGUUUCAUUUGUUAUACUUGUUAUACUACGUACAUAUUUAACGCAAACAUAUGACAUUUAGUUUUUGUACUUGCAAUAUACAUAAGCUACGGAUUCAGAAACACCAAACACAGCUCUCGUGUAUCGAAUUCUACUGAUUUAAAAAUUAUACAGCUACCGUUUACUGAUACUUUACUCUACUGAUACGCAACGAAAGUCAUACUUAAUCUGAUAUUUUGAUUAUAUACUUUCGCUCUCGCCACCAAACGUUCUACGAACUGAGAAACAAAAAACAAACCCUUCCAUGCGUCAAAAUGGCCAAAAUGUAUGGAAAGGGUAAGACUGCAAUAGAAUCAGAAGAGCAACAAAGACUGCGAUGGCAAGUUGAGUUGGAGUUUGUACAAUGUUUGGCAAAUCCUAAUUAUUUAAACUACCUAGCUCAACGGGGAUACUUCAAAGAUCAAACGUUCAUCAACUAUUUAAAAUAUUUGCAAUAUUGGAAGGAACCAGAGUAUGCAAAAUAUCUGAUGUACCCGAUGUGUUUGUAUUUUCUUGACCUUCUGCAAUACGAACAUUUUCGGCGUGAAAUUGUUAACUCCCAAUGUUGCAAGUUUAUUGAUGAUCAAGCUAUUUUGCAGUGGCAACAUUAUACGAGAAAGCGCAUUAAACUUUUAAAUUCAGUAACUACCGGACAAAAUCAGGCAGAGUCGACUGACCAACAAGCGCAACAACAAGGAAGCAACACUUGUUUACCGAAUGGCAUAGCAAAUACACAAACUCCUUCCCAACAACAAACAAUACAACAGCAAAUCAAUGGUACCAUUAACAACAAUGUAGCAAACACCAUCACACAAAAGCUGUAGUAAAAUCAUUAAAUAUACAAUCCAUACACAAAAUUCAAUAAAUUUCGAAACUAUUUAUUCUA